AUGACUGUGAUACGAACUUUGCUUGCCGUUUUUGCAGCUCUCUGGCUGAGUCGAGCUGACUAUUGCCCAGCGGCGGUGAGCUCAAAGAUUCAAGAAUGUGUGCAUCCAGUGGCCGAGUACGCGAAAGUUCUCAACGACAAUCAGAAUUCGAAUCGUGGCACCUCAGAGUUCGCUCAAUUCUCAUUGCCCAACAUGGGCGGACGAGUGUUCAACGAGUUGUGCAAAUUAAUUCACAAAUUCAAUCGCUGCGUGCAACCAUUGCGAGCUGAUUGUCCCCGACAUGUCACUAUUUCGCUGAUCGACUCUAGUUAUGGAUAUUUAUGCAAUGAAGGCUAUAACACAUUUCUUGAAUCAGCUGAAUGUUUGAUGGAGUUAGAUCGACAACCGUCGGUGAAAGCUUGUCACGAUGAGACGCUGAGGGAAAUCGAACUCGCCAACACGGAAACCGGACUCGCGAUGAAUACAAAGCUCGAAAAGAUGUGCAGUGCUUUGAAUUUCUUCUCGGAUUGUGUCAAAUCGCCGAUCAAGCAAGAUUGUGGCAGUUCGGCGUGGGCGGUGAUUUAUCGAGUGCUGAAAGACACCACAAACACAUUGAUGCCUGGAUGUCAAUUCACCGGCUCUCAUCACAGACGCAAGGGCACCGAAGCGCCGUCAAGUUCGGUGAUUCAAGCUGAGACAACUUCCUCGAAAUCGGAAGGAUCGAUGAAAGUGGAAGUCGAGAAUUUAGCGAGGAGAAAUGAGGUGGCUUCCCGGUGUACUUUCAUUCACAAUCGAACAAAGGACAUGGCGUCGAGAAUUGUUCGUCUACGAGAAUUGAUUGCCACGAAUCCUGCCGAAGCGGCUACGUUUUACAUUGAAUGCUCAAGAGAGAUGGAUGCUUUGGAUCGAAUAGUGAGAAGAACGACGAGAAGAGCGACAAAAAGGGCAAGAAAUCGAGUUGCUGACUCGUCAAAUGUUGUCGAUCUUGACUCACCGAGUACAACGUUCCUUUGUCUACCCCGAGAGGACGAGUAUGUGACUGAUAAUGGAGUGAGAAAUCUGUGGAAAACACAGACCGAAUUCUUCUUGGCGUGUCUCGGCUUCAUCGUUGGUGUGGGGAACACACUGCGAUUUCCGGCUAAAGUCUACGAAUAUGGAGGAGGUGUUUUCUUUAUCCCGUAUUUCACCUUUCUUUGCCUAUUUGGUUUACCGAUUGUUUAUAUGCAUUUGUGUAUCGGUCAAUACUCGGGUCUCUCACCGAAUGGAGCCUUCGGGAAGUUGAUGCCGAUCGCAAGUGGAGUUGGCUGGGCUCUAGUUCUGCUGGCAAUCCCAGUGUGCAUCUAUUACAACGUGAUCGUCGCCUGGGCUGUUUACUAUUUUUGGUUCUCUUUUCGCGGUUUUGUCAAAGGAAUCGGACUACCGUGGGAUCGAUGUCUUGACACUUGGGUGACCCAAUACAAUUGCUGUGAUCUUCAUCGACUGCAACAGUGUUUCAAAGAGACAAAUGGAUCAGCAGUCACGGCUCCAGAAGCCUAUUUUCACUUUGAAGUGCUUCACAGACCAGUCACCGGAGAUUUCGAGCUCGGGCCAAUUGAGCCUCAUCUCGUCCUUGCGUUGGCUGUUGCCUGGAUUCUCGUCUUUUUCGGUGUAUUCAAAGGUAUUGGCAGCAUUGGAUGGAUGGGCUCUGUGACAGCUACCGUGCCGUAUCUCUUAUUGUUGAUUCUCCUAUUGCGCGGUGUUUCGUUACCUGGAGCCGAUGACGGACUCUAUUUUUUCUUUACCCCAAAAUUAGAAAAGCUGUGGUCAUUGCCGAUGUGGAAAUCAGCAGCGGAGCAAGUUUUCUAUGAGCUGGGUAUUGAUGCAGGUCCACUUAUCGUAAUGGCUUCGUUUAGUCGAUACCGAAACAAUAUCUAUCGAGACGCGGUGUUACUGGUGAUCUUUGACGCUAUAACGUCUGUGCUCUGCGGAAUGGUGAUCUUUUCUUUCAUUGGUUUUCUCGCGCAUAUGUCGGACAGUCCAGUGAACACUGUGUUGCAGCACGAUCCAUUGUAUUUGGCGUUUACCGUUUACCCUGGAGUGACAUCAUUUAUGCAUUUGGGUCCUUUAUGGGGAGCGCUCUUUUUCACAGCUUUAGUUAUGUCAGCUCUUGACGCUGAAUUUGCAUGGAUGGAGAUGAUUGCGAGUUCGGUGAUGUAUCAAUUUGGAUGGAAAAAUAAACGAGUCGAGAAUCGCAUGCUCGCCUCGUUGUGUUUCCUCUUCUUUGUGCUGGGAUUACCUUUUUGUACACGAGGUGGAAUCUACAUUUUUCAUUCAAUCGAGAACCUGAACGCCAACUGGAAUUCGUUCAGUCUUGGUCUUUUGCAAAUGUUUUUGAUUUGUUUUAUUUACGGAGUCGAUCGUUUUCUUGAGGAUAUUGGCGAAAUGGUUCGUGCCACAACACCAAAUGAUUUGAUGAUGUUACCGCUUAGAGAUCGACUCAAAUUCGUUUUUGGACCAGUUGGUCCAUAUAUCAAAUGGGCAUGGAGUCUUUUCUGUCCAGCAAUUCUUACGGCUCUGCUUUUCGCUUCGGCUUUUUCGUAUCAAAGAGUGACGUUUGAGGGUCAAAAUAUGCCAUGGAUCUAUGAAGCAAUCGCCUGGAUUGUUAUGGUUUCUCCUUUGCUUGUCAUUCCAUUUGCUAUCACGAACGCUAUCAUUGACAAUAGAAAGAGAAAAAAGCCUUGGAGUGCUCUAAUUUCUACUGCGAAUUGGAGAGUGAAACGUCCAGAGUCGACCGCUCAACCACCAAUGAAAUCUGUGAAGCCUAUGGGAUCUUUACCAGCAAAUGGAUAUACAUAUAUUGAUCCUGUUUCCCGUGGGCAAAGCACAAAAUCCCGAUUGGUGAUUGAAGAGGAUUAUGGAAGGAGAACAGGAAGAAUCGCUGAUUUCCUCAGACAACAAGCUCUAGCAGAGCACGAGAAUCGAAUCCCUACAGUAACCGAAGAGGACACGACCACCUAUGGAGAUGGAGGCACUUAUGGCCCGCGAACCUUCUCUAACCGAACUCCCUCUGCAAUUUCUGAAUCUGUUCAACUACGUGUCAUCAAAAGCCCAUCAAAACAAGGCUCUCACUCGACAAAGGAUGCUGAAACAAAUCUCCACUUCACUUCUCAAUCUUCUCUACCACUUUUUGGUUCACCACCUCUGAGUGCCUCAAACUCUGUAGACUUGCGACAAGGCCGAGAUACCAGACAAUGGAGGAACAUGAUACGAGAAUCACCACUAGAUGUAGAAACAUUGGAUGACGAUGAUUUAAGAAGAGUCUCUCCACCAUCCCCACCGCAUUCUAAUCCUCCAACAAUCCAUUCAAUCAGAGAAUUAGAGUUAGCGGUAACGUGUGCUUUCAACGAAACGAUGAUCCCACGGAAUCGAACUAUAUCAGAAGACUAUGGAGCAAGAGCGGAUAUGAUUAAUAGAGCGUCGGAGCCAUGUCGGCCUGAUUGGAAACGUGGAGGGCCGGAAACAUCUUCUUCAUCGAAUACUUCUAGUGAUGAUGAGGGACGGCCAAAUCGACCAACCGUCAUCCGCAAAUACACCUCUUCAGACUCAAUUUCGAUAGCAGCUCCAUCAUCAUUGAGCAUCACUCCACUCGAUAAAGAGCGUCAUCGAAGUGUGAGCUCGGUUGCGCUCUUUGAACAGUCUGACAUAUUGAGGCGGCAACCAAAGCUUUCUCAACUCAAGCGCCCUAAACCAAUCGACGCCCCUUCUUCACUUGGCCCUUCGCCCGCCACAAGCCACUUU